GCCUUGAAUGCCUGAAGUGUGCGAGUAGUUUUAAGGAUGUCUAAUGAACCAAUUAUUCCGAAGUAUUCUUGGUCGAAAUGGAUUUUAGCAAUCCUAGUAGGCAUUCCAGCUGUAGCCGGCACUUAUUACUUUAUGACAAAAAAACAGCCGAAAAUAACCGAUUCUGACAAAAAUGGCAUUUGCAAACCCUCCAAGAAGAAAACUGCUCCUAAGGAUGACUCAAGUGAAAUUAAGCCAGAAAACAAUAAAGUAGAAAAAGAAGAGACUCCAUUGGAGAGAAGCAUGAAGCUUAAAAAUUUAGGAAAUUCUUUUUAUAAAAAAGGGGAAUAUAAUGAUGCUAUUCGAUGUUAUACUGAAGCCAUCUCUAUGUGUCCAACUAGCGACACUGAACACUUGGCUACACUAUAUCAAAACAGGGCCGCUUCAUAUGAUGUUCUGAAUGAAACACAGAAAAUAGUGGAUGAUUGUACUGCUGCUUUGAAAUUGAAACCUGACUAUCUCAAAGCUCUAACCAGGAGAUACAAAGCAGCGGAGAAGAUUGGGAAGAUUAGGCAAGCUCUUGAAGAUGUGACUGCCGUUUGCCUUCUUGAAAAUUUCAACAACAUGGAAACAUUAUCAGCUGCCGACAGAAUUCUAAAAGUAAUUGGCAAGGAAGAGGCUGACAAAUUUAUGAAAUCUAGAAGCAUUGUUCUUCCUUCAGAUUACUUUAUUAAAGCCUAUUUUGCUUCGUUUGCUCAUGAUCCUGUGAUAGCAGACCUGCCUAAAACUGUAACUUCAGAUAAGGAAUUGAGAGGGAUUGAUAAAGCAAAGCAAGCAAUGGUAGAAGAGAAGUACUCUGAAAUAAUUGGUGCUUGCACCGAGGAACUGGAAAGUCCUAGCUCGGAUAAAGCAAAGGAACACGCUCUUCUUCUUAGAUCUUCCAUGUACAUUCUUACUUGGCAAAUAAAAGAAGCAAUGACUGACCUCACUUUUCUUAUAAACACCUCAUCUGAUGUUAAGAUCCAAGCUAAUGCCUUACUCAAACGAGCUUGCCUGUUCAUGCAAGCAGAAGAAAUUGACAACGCAAUGGCAGACUUUGAUAAAGCUGCUAUUAUUGAUCCAAGCAACCCUGAUAUACCACACCAAAGGGCUCAAAUGUAUCUUCUUGGCGAAAAGUUAGAAGAAGCAGUUGAAGAAUUUCAAAAAGCAAUCACGCUACAUCCUACUUCUGGUCUUGUAUUAGUUCAAAAAUUAUAUGCUGAAUAUCGCCUGGGUAUAUCAAGAAAUGACACGAGUAUAGCGCAGACAGCCAAGAAAGGUCUUCAAAAUGCAAUUAAUAAAUUUCCUAAUACACCUGAGGGCUACAUGCUUUUAGCUCAGGUUUAUAAUGAUGCUCAAGAUUAUGAAAAAGCGGAAGCUACAUUUGAUCUUGGAAUCAAAGCAGAUGAAAAAAAUGCCUCUAUAUUAGUCCAUAAAGGUUUACUGUACUUACAAUGGAAAGGUGAUAUUGAAAAGGCUUCGAAACUGAUAGAAAAAGGAAUUGAAGUUGAUCCAAAAUGUGAAUUCGCAUAUGAGACAUUGGCUUCAAUCGAAGUUCAAAAAGGUAAUUUGAUGCGAGCGGUUACUCUGUUCGACAAAGCUCUCCCUCUGGCCAAGAGUGAAAAAGAAGCCAGCCACAUCCUCUCACUGCGAGCGGCAGCGCAGGCACAGAUGGUCGUCCUCUCUCAAUCAUUAGGAGGAAGGGAGCAUCAUGUUUUUUAAUUGUAGUCGGCUUAAUGAUGUUAGUAUUACAAUUUGUAUAUAGUCAGUCACGAUUUCCUCCUGAUUUUUAGAUCAUCGCCACCAUCAUUAUUUUGACAAAUUUAGCACAUUUGAGAUGUAUUAAAUAGUGAGAGGAAAUAGUUAAUUUAACUAUAUUGUUGUAUAUUUUCCUUCUUAUUAAUGUUUCUAACAUUAAUUACUUAACCUAUUUGUAUUUUUGUUCUGUAAUUAUAAUUGUUCCUGAAGUUUGUAAUUAAACAUUUUUUUUUUAGUAAAAUAAUAUCUAUUGUCAUAUUGAGCUUUGUGAUUCACCUUAUUUUACAUAUAAUCUCGUUUUUAACAUAUUGUGAAUAAGGCUAAUACUUUAGACUGCUCAGUAUUAUAUAACAAUCCCUAGACUGAUUAUGUUAAGAGAUGCUAAAUUUUAUUCUAGUUCUGUCUUAUUGAUUGAAAGAAUUUGAUAAAUAUGUCUUUAGUCAAGUUUUACUUAUAAUAUUACAGUUUAUUAUAUCUAUACAAUUAAACUUGAUGAUGAACAAUUAUUUCAAAUAUGGUAAUAAAAUGGAUAUCAAAAUUACUGUUAUUAAAACUGUUAUAGCUUAUAUAUUUAGUAAUUCUAAAGUAAACUUUCUGAUUUAUUUAA